ACUAUGAGACCAAGGAUUCCUAUGUUUGAUGCAAAACAGAAUUUGACUAGCGCUGGUGAAUUUGAUAGUGAUGCUAGAAUUUUGAUGAAUGGUUUAAUACAAAUGGGAUCACAGACAGAUUUAAUGUUUGGAACACAUAUGUUUAACAUAAAUGGUACUCAAAGUAGGUAUGGUUGGGUGCAAUGCAGCAGAGAUAUUACUAAUGAGGAAUGCAGAACUUGUUUGAGUAACUUGCUUGAGGAUGUUGAAAAUUGUUGUAUGCAGAAGAAAGUGUGGAGAAUAUUUUCUCCAAGUUGUAUUAUGAUGUAUGAAACUCAACCAUUCUUUGUGAAUGGUACAAUUUCUGAGCCAGCCAAAGAAAAGGAUGACUCAAGGUCAUGGAUUAUCAUAGUCAUUGUUGUAAUUGGAAUAGCAGUCGCAGCCCUAUUGGCUUUCAGCGCAUACUAUUUCCGGUGCUUGAAACGUAAAAAAGAGAGAAAUUCUAUGCAAAUCCUUAGUCCAAUGUUUUCUCAAGAUCAGACUGACAUUGAGGAGACUAGACAUACUGACCUACCUAUGAUGCCUCUGAGUACCAUUCUAAAGAGUACUAAUAAUUUUUCUGAUGAAUAUAAAUUGGGGAAAGGUGGAUUUGGAACUGUGUACAAGGGUGUUUUAGCAGAUGGAAGGGAAAUUGCUGUGAAAAGGCUUUCAAAAACUUCCGUUCAAGGUGUGGAGGAAUUAAAAAAUGAAUUAAUAUUGAUUGCCAAAUUGCAACAUCGAAACCUCGUGAGACUAUUGGCUUGCUGCAUUGAGCAAAAUGAAAAGCUUCUUAUCUAUGAAUACUUGCCUAAUUCAAGCCUUGAUUUUCCCUACUAUUUUUUUUUUGUUUUUUGUUUAGAAGCUAAACCUCUUACUUGAUUCGUCUAACCCUUAAACCAGCCUUGGAUAUA